AUGACGACGACGUCGACGCCGCCCGCGCGCCCUCCCCAACGCGCGGUGCGAACGUCCCAGCGCGCGUGGAUCAUCGAGGGCGUCCACACCGAGUGCCUCGUGACGGACUACGACGACCGCGCGCUCGUCGUCGUGACGCAGGUCGCGAAGCUCGGGCUCGUGUUCCACGCCGCGGGCGGGAGCGUCGAGCGAGGCGGCGGCGACGGCGGAAACCUCCCCGGACACUACGCCCCGAAACUCCGCGCGCUGAGCGGCGGCGGACGGAAGGACGACGAGCUCGUGCAGGCGGUCGCGAGCCGCGUCGUGCAGGUGGUGCGAGGCGCGGGAGUGGACAAACCCGUGAUCGUGUCGAUGGGGCUCGAGAAGGCGUUCAGGGAGAUGGACGCGCUGCGAGGGAUGGCGCGCGUGUGCGGGGAUUUCGCCGCGGAGGCGCUGUCGGGGGUCGUCCCUCCGUCGAGCGCGGCGGUUUCGGCGGCGACGUAGGCGGAGGGUCGACGACGAUAGGUAGCCCGGCGGCCUCGUGGGCUCGGCCAGUAGGAUUUCUCGAUGUGCGUCCAGUUGGCAACG